GAAGUCAACUGUGAGAGCUUCCCCUGCACUCUUCUCGUAGCACAAUCAUCACUCUGUGCGCUGCGCUUUCCUUCCCUUUUUUCUAAGAAAAAGUCUAUUUCUUUAUAUAAGUACUUUAAGAGCAUAAACCCCGCCACCGGCCUCCUCUCGCGAAAAAUGCCGAAGAACAUGGGUAAGGGUGGUAAGUCCUUCAAGGCUGGUAACUCGAAGGGUAACAUGCAGAACCAGAAGCGCGAUUUGACGUAUGCUGACCCGGAGGAGGGCGAGGAGUACGCCCAGGUCAAAAAGGCCCUCGGCAACCUGCGCCUCGAGCUGCAGCUCGCCGGCGGUUCCACCGUGAUCGGUGCGAUUCGUGGGGCGAUGGUGCGUAAGGUGUGGAUUGGUCAGGGCGAUGUAGUGCUCGUGGCGAAGCGGGACUUUAAUAAGACCGGUGUGGUGGACGUCAUCCACCGCUACACCCCGGCGGAGGUGCGCUUGCUGGUGAAGGAAAACGCCAUUCCACGUGACUUCCGCUCAGCCGAGGAGCGUGACCACAACGGAAACAGCGACUACAUUUUCGUGAACGACGAAGACGAGGCGCCGGAGGACGACGACGAGCAGAACGCAAUUGACCGCAACGAGGUGAUCAUAGAUGACCCGAUUGCUGCCCUGGAGAACUUGUAG